AUGUUUUUUUCUUUAUUUUUAGCAUCAACUCUAUCAGAAACAGGAGACAAAAUCCUAAAAGAAUCUUCUGAUAUAAACAAUACUAUUACAAAUCAAACAGAAACAAUCAAUAAAACGUUAUCAAACGAAAAUGAAAAUCAAAACGUUUCAAAUAUAACAAAUAAUAGCACUUUAGUAACAGAAAACAACAGUACAUCAGAAAACACAACCAAUACAACUUCAAUCAUUACAGAUGACGAAGAGGAAGGAGAAGAUGAUAUCAAAAAGAAAGAAAAAUUAAUGGCAGAAAAAGAUAUUGAGAGGAUUCGUAGAAUGCAUCAUAUGGGCGAUUUUGAUGAAGACAGGCCUGAAUGUAUUGGAAAUAAUUCUUAUCCAAAUCGUGUUGGCGAUAAAUACAUAUGCACAUGCAGAAAUGGAUACUUUGGCAAGGAGGGCGACGUUAAUGGAACAGAUUGCUGGACUUGCAAACCAUUUUGUCAUACACUCGCUAAAUGCGUGGCUGAAAAUACAUGCAAAUGUCAUGAUGGAUUGCUUGGUGAUGGAUACAGUUGCUAUCCACCAGCACCUUCAAUCAAAAAUAUAAUUACUCCAUCUUCUGGAAUUCAUCCGAUUCAUGUUAUUGUGGAAUACACUGAAGUUUCGAGCUUUGAACCAUAUAUGGCUUUUUGCAAAUUCGAUGAAUUAAUCUCAGGUGCUCAAAUUUUUAAGAACAAAUCCAUAGCUUGCCUACAACCACAACUAUCAGGAACAUGCCACCUUUCGAUUUCUUUUGACGGACAACAUUUUUCGGAAAGCCAAAAAUAUUCAUAUGUUUCAACUCUUACAGCACAAAAAAUAGAUGCACAGCCUUUUGAUUUCUCAAAAUAUAGUCAGUUGUUUGCAAUAAUAUCAAUCGUUCUUACAAUAACUGCUGCUUUAAUUAAAUUUAAAGGAUUUUUCGGUUCUUCAAAGGCAAUCUUUAGAGAUCCACUAGGAGUGCCACAGGUUAAAGCUGACUAG